UCUCUUCACUCUCACAAUGAUGGGUUCUGUCUCUCUUCAUACAGUAGCAGUUCUCUGCCUUAUCUCCUCUGUAAAUGGAUUUUGGGUUUGGAACAGACCAACGGAGCGUCCUCCAAAUGAGAUACAAACACCAGUCAUAAUUGUGCCUGGAACCGGUGGAAGCCAACUUCAAGCCAAACUCAAUAAACCAAACACUCUUCAUUGGUACUGUUCCAAAACAACCGAUGACUACUUCACAUUGUGGCUAAAGAAGUCCUCGCUCUUACCCUUUGCUAUAGACUGUUGGGCGGAUAAUAUGAGACUUGUGUAUGAUGAAAGCACUAAGACCAUGAAGAACGCGCCGGGCGUGGAAACAAGAGUUCCCGGAUUUGGUGAGACCAGUACAAUCGAAUACUUGGACACGACCGGAUUGAUUAAGUAUUUUGCGCCAAUGGUAGAGACCUUGGUCUCUUGGGGAUACCAGCGUGGGGAGACUGUCAGAGCGGCUCCAUAUGACUUCCGCUAUGGGCCUGAAUCACAGUCAGAAUAUUUUUCAAAACUGAAGACAUUGAUCGAGGAUACAUAUUCUGCAAAUGGCAACAACAAGAUAACUUUGAUGAGUCAUAGUUUAGGAUGUCCGUAUACUUUGGUUUUCCUGAACAAACAAACACAAGACUGGAAGGAUAGAUAUAUUUUACAAUGGAUAACUCUUUCAGGAGUGUGGGGCGGGACUGCAGAGCAAAUUAGCUUGUUUUCUUCCGGAAACACGUUCGGGAUCCCGAAGAUCCUCGUGAAUCCGUUGAAAGUCAGAGGCGAACAGCGCACGGAUACAAGUAACGUUUAUCUGCUCCCAAGUCGAGAAUUAUGGUCUGCGGAUGAAGUCUUGGCGAUAACUCCAGAGCGUAACUACACUGUCAAAGACUACGACGGUUUCUUCCAAGAUAUUGACUUCCCACUCGGGAUAAAACUACGAAAAUUAGUCGAAAACAUCACAUAUCCGUUAACAGAGCAUUCUCCGAAAGUAACUGUUCACUGUUUGUAUGGAACUGGGGUAAAAACAGGAGAGAGGUACCAGUUCAAAGAAGGAGAAUUUCCGGAUACUCAGCCAGAUGUUAUCUAUGGUGACGGGGAUGGAACAGUGAAUAGACGCAGUCUAGAGGCCUGCAAUAAGUGGAACCAGCGGCAGCCGAAUAAUGUCACCGUGAAAACAUAUCCAGGAGUGAAUCAUAAUGGAUUGUUGAGCGACGAGAACGUGCAGAAUUAUAUAAAGGCUCUCUUGUUUUGAUUGUAAACUAUGGCUUUCAAAGAUCCAAAUCACAACUUGAAAUUAAACAGCUUGGCUCUUUUUUCCAUUUUGAUCUUCCAAGUUGUCGUUUUUUUCUUCUCUUUUUCUUUGUUUUUUCUAUCACUUAUUUCCCCCAAUGACCAUAAAAAAAGACUUUCUUUAAUCCUCUAACCCCUAAGGGUGACCAGCAUCGAAUUUCUCACAAGGAUACCCCUGCUGGAUUAAAUAUCAGGCUUAAGAGAAUACAGGAAUCGAUCGCAACUUUAAAAAUCUCUUGAUUUCUCUCCUUGUCAGCGCCAUUGGAAAUGCAUAAAGAACAGUAUGGGGAAUACACAUGUUGAUGUUAGGGUGUCAAGGGUUAAGGAUUACAAUUAUUUACUUUAUUUCUUUCCGAGCCAUAGGCUAACAUCUAUACAGUUCUGAGAAGAAUUGAGAUUGGCAGAGGCUGUUAUGAGAGCUGUGACAAUUUUACGUCUCAAAACAAUUGUCACACAAUGACUGUUAUGUAAGGAAAUAAAGCUGCUUGUAAAGGUC